CUUUUUUAAAAUUAAAAUGAAACGUCAAAACAUUUAACUAAACAAAAUGUAAAUAUUUGGGAAAACAUUUAAUCCUCAACCAAAAUCCCCGAUAUUCUUCGCUAAUGCUGCCUUGUUUUAUAUUACCACCGUUUCUUUAGUAUCUCAACUGAUAAUUCACUAAAAUCACAAUGUAAUCUAAUUAUUUUGACGUAAAUCCAAAUUUAAAACACUUCAAAUAUUUUAACAGAUACCUAAAAUGAGUAUAAUUUCAAUUAUAUCAGAAGCUCAAGGUCGGAAGGCUAAAUUGUUUAAAUAAUAUGGACAGGCACUCAAGGCAAUGGAGUAUUUAGGAACUAUUGAAUUAAUUUAUAUAAUAUCCUUUUUGGAUUUACUAGCUGUUGGGGCGAUUUUUCCUGUAUUCACCCAGCAUUUAAGGGAUUUGGGUGCUUCUCAUACUACAAUCGGGAUAUUUGCCUCGGCUUAUUCAGCAAUUCAGGUCGUCUCGGGGCCACUUAUAGGAAGCUGGAGCGACAUAAGAGAUAGGAAAACUGUCUUAAAAGCCACCGUUCUGUCGUGUUCAAUAUGUUAUACAUGUUUGGCGCUAUCUGAUUCACUAACAGUUAUAUUUGUUGUAAGAUUUUUAUUGGCCAUAGUUAAACACACACAAACUAUUUGUAAAGCUAUAAUAACUGAUUUGAUACCAUUGGAAGAACAAGGAGAAUUCUUCGCCAAGUCAGUUUCCAUCGGAACAUGUGGAUUUAUCAUCGGACCUCUCAUCGGAGGAAACCUGGCUGAAUUACAGAAUGGGUUUAGCUACGUUUGUGCCUUUACAGCCGGAUUGUUCCUUUUAAAUUAUAUUCUAGCGUGUUACAUAUCGGAUGAUUUGGUGCUUGAUAGAAAAUUGUUCGCUGCGGAUAAUUUGAGCAUCUGGCAGAGAAUAAAGUCGGAAUUGAAGAAAACGAUAGACGAACUGAGCGAAAUCGACUGGUCCCGACAUUGGCAUCCUUUCCUCUUGAAAUUCAUCUUGGGAUUCUCGAUGGCCUGCUAUUUCUCCAAUCAGGGCUUGUAUUUGCGGGAGACCUACAAUUUAUCGCAGAAACACGCCGGCUACAUGAUCUCCUACUUCAGUAUCAUAUCGAUCGUAGCCGGCCUGCUGUUGAAAAAAAUCCACUACGUUCUAAAUUUCGACAACAUUUACACAAAGAUGAUUCUGUGGUACGGAGUAUUAACUUUAAGUUUCAUACUUUUAUAUUUUGCGCAAAAUUUUAACACUUUCGUCGGAUUGUUGAUUCCAUUGUCAAUGUCUUCUACAGCGAUGAGAGUGGUGACGAUGGAGCUUAUGUUCCAAAAUACGGAAUCUUUUCACAAAGGCUCGCUUUCCGGAGCUUCUAAUAGUAUUAUGUCUAUAGCUAGAUUCGUAACCCCGUUAUUCACCGGCGUAGCUAGCGAUAUUUUUGGUGAAAAAUUUGUGAUGCUAUUAGCAGCGAUUCCUGCUAGUAUAGGAUUAAUUGUCAGUUGGAUUCUUUUGAUAAGACACAGGCAACGUAUUAAAGAAGAAUAAUUUUUAAUUUUGUGUUUUUUUUUUUACUUAAAAAUAGGUAGAAAAAUGGAUUUAAAAUUAUCUACAAAAUUUAGUAUGUAAUGUGGUAUAAAGGUUUUUCGCUUUUCUUGCCCCGAAACCCGGCAAUUCGGAUAAUUGUAUUUCAGUAGCUUCUAAAAUACCUUUCAAAGUUUUAAAUUUGUUAAUGAGAACCGUCGCAUCGGAUUUAUUUACAGAUCUUAUGGAAGUUAAAGCUUGAAUCAACUAUAACAUACCGGUUUUUAAUAAUAAUGUAUUAAAAAUUAAAUAUCUUACCCUUAAGUACGAUGAAGAUUCUCCUUUUUCUUUUAAAAAUUCAGCUGGUUUGUUUUCGUAAAUUUUAUAUGUUUCUAUUAUUUUUCCGGCUUCCUCGGCGC